UCACUCUGAGAGCUCAUGGCUGUCCUCCUCCUCCAACUGCUGUGUCAGACUGCUGGAAUAUGAAACAAGCCUCAGUUUGUAAUCAAUAAAACCCCGUGCUUGUGUGUUUGCAUCGGAUAUUGGCUCUGUGGUGGUUUUGCUCUGGAGUCUCACAACAUUAAGAGGCCCAGGACAGUGACUUUCAACAGGAUGAAGACUACAACCUGCUCCCUUCUCAUCCUCAUUUCACUUCUCCAGCUGAUGAUCCCAGUGAACACUGAGGAGAGCUUAGACUCUGUCCUGAGGAAGCUCAAGGAAGCUCUCAGCUAUGGAGGUAACCAUCGCUCUACUGUGACUCAGACUUUCUCCUGCACUAGUGUGAAGGCUGUAGGCAGACUAGCCUCCUGUCCUGCUGGGAUGAUUGCUACUGGAUGUUCUUGUGGCUUUGCUUGUGGAUCAUGGAACAUACAGAAUGAAAACAUUUGCCACUGCCUGUGUCUAUUCAUAGACUGGACUGUUGCCCGCUGCUGCCAACUGGCCUGAGAAUGAGGAGGCUGAGAAUCUAGUUUGGAAAUGAUGAUUGUAAAGAAACUGUGAUCUCUCCUGACUGAAAAGCCUGACUGAUUGUCCCUGUGAUGAAUUCCUAUUACAUAGUAAUCCUGUUUCUUAAGUAAUAAAGACAGAUUUUCACUCA